UUUCCGGAAGACGUGGCUGUUGCUGCAGUGGCAGCUGUCAAACCAAACUCCUCCAACAGCAGCUACUUAAACAUUCUCUCUUCUUCUCUCACCCCUUCGCCAGUUCGCCCGGCUUCAAGAUGAUUUCGCUAACGGACUCGCAAAAGAUUGGAAUGGGAUUAACAGGCUUCGGCGUGUUUUUCCUCUUCUUCGGGAUGAUCCUGUUCUUUGACAAAGCACUGCUGGCUAUCGGAAACAUCCUGUUUGUUGCUGGGCUUUCCUUCGUCAUUGGGUUAGAGAGGACCUUCCGCUUCUUCUUCCAGAAGCACAAGAUGAAGGCGACCAGUUUCUUCCUGGGAGGUGUGCUUGUGGUGCUUAUUGGCUGGCCUAUUGUCGGGGUCGUGCUGGAGUUCUAUGGCUUCUUUCUGUUGUUCAGGGGUUUCUUCCCAGUUGUAGUCGGCUUCAUCAGAAGAAUACCUGUCCUCGGCUCCAUCCUAAAUCUGCCGUUCAUCAGUGCAUAUGUGGACAAAGCUGGCGAGAGCAACACCAUGGUAUAACAGUGACUUUUUGUACCCACUGAAGGCUGUUUGAGUGCAGCAGGUUUUAUACAGCAACACAAUCUCCCAUCGGGCUGAUUUAAAACAACUAAGGUCAUAUGUUCAGAUUCCUCCCUCCUCCAGCAGCCAAAGACUGCUCUCUGUCUUAUCUGUUAUUUCACUGGUCAGUGCAACCAAUCAAAGGCUCAUCAGCACAUCGCAUCGCCAUUCGGUUACUAAAGGAUGGAGUUACUAAGGUCACUAUAAUAAAUAUUUGAAGCGCUAUUGAUCCCAUCACCGUUGAACGCAUCUAGCAAGAUAAUGGAGGAUAGAAGAUUUCUUCAAAGGCUCAUUGACUCUGUCUACGUGACUUUCUUACUCUGUGGAAGAAACAGACUAAACCACCCCCUCCACAAGGAUGAAAAGUGGACCGACAGCUCUACAUGUUUUCAUUUUUCUGUGCCUGUGCUCUAACUUUAUUUCGACAAAAGCUUUUUAUGUCGUUUUUUUUGUCUUCAACCUUGGGCUCUAUUUUAACGACCUGAACUCAUAGUCUGGAAGUAUUUUGGUUAUGUUCUAAUUCCCUUUUGCUUGUUUCAAGGCAAAAAAAAAAAAAAGGUUGUUGAAAAAGGGUUAUACGUAUACUCUUAAUGAAUUAUGUUUGUGUUUUGGUUGUAAUAUGAAAUAAAUUACAACCAAUAAUAAUCAGAGUGCCAUCUCCCAUUCACUUUAAAAAGCAGGUACACGUGCCUCUUACUUUGUAAUAAGAGAGAGAAUGUUUCUCUACAAAUGUGCAGACUAAAGCUUUCUUCUCUUCUCAAGACAGCAGAGCGCCAACAAUGCACCUGACAACCCCUCGUUUUAUGACAAACUAUCACAUGGGUGCUCAGAUAUGCGUAACUGCAUUUUAAGAAACUAGCAGAGAAAGUUGCCAAUGCACCAGGUGUAAGAUAGAGCCCUAAGUUUCAUUUGUGUGUGUCUUGCAGCUUUUUGAAUACCAAACGUGGCUAUUGUAAUACUUUCCCUUUGUUACAUGUCAUUUCUGUUGUCUAAUGACUGCAUUGGUAUAAAUUAUUUUUUAAAUGAUAA